AACGCCCUCUAGGGCGCGUGUCUUUGCAUCAGCGUUUCCAGGUUCGAUGGGAGCCAUCGCUAUAUAAAUUGGGGUCCUCUGCCAUGGAGAACCGUUUCUCAUCCAAAGAAAAUACAAGAAAGGAAUCGUAGACCCAAAGAGACGUUGAAUCUAAAACCCUAACCCCUUAAUCUGGUUUUCCACUCUCGUUCUCUUGGAAAAAAAACAUUAAUUUAUUGGAACUGGACAAUGUCUGCCAUAGUUUGUGGCAAGAGAUCGUUUUUCGAUGACAUUCCGGCGUCGCCGAUGUCAGCUUCAUCGCCGGCUUCAAAGAGGAUGCGCCGCUCAUCCUCCACUUCUCCUGUUCGAUUCUCGGUUUCGCCAUCUCAGCCUAGCCUCUUUGAUCAAGUCCGAGCCCGCUUUCCUAAUACCGAUACUCAGAUUAUUGAGAAAGCUGUAGAAGAAUGUGGCAAUAACUUGGAUGCUGCGCUUAAGAACUUGAAUGAGCUGCUGCUUGAACAUGCACAUGGAAAGCCGAGUGGUGAUGUCGAAGAAAAUACAACUAUGCAGAGUGGUGCUGGAAUAGCAGUACCUAGUGAAGGUCAUAAUCUCCAAUCUGAUCCUCCAGUUGAUGGUUCAGGGUGGGUGGAAUUGCUUCUGAGGGAAAUGACAAGUGCUGCAAACAUAGAUGAUGCUAGAGUUCGUGUUUCAACAGUUUUAGAGAGUUUAGAGAAAUCCAUUAGAUCGCAUGCAGGUGCGGAAUUGGCUCAAAAUAUUCACAAGGAAGACAUGAUGCUCAAAGAACAAUAUGAAUCACUUGCGCGAGACAAUACCGUUCUGAAACGUGCAGUAGCCAUUCAGCAUGAACGCCAGAAAGAACACGAUGAUAAGACUCGAGAAGUUCAGUAUUUGAAGCAGCUGGUCUCACAGUAUCAGCAGCAAGUAACAACUCUGGAGGUGAACAAUUACGCAUUGAAGAUGCAUUUGCAGCAGGCUCAGCAGCAAGGCAACUCCUUCCUCGGACGCUUCCAUCCAGAUGUCUUUUAACCCAUACAUAUACACACACAACCCAUACAUGCAUACAUACUCAGAGACUUAGAAUGAGAAGUUGGUAAUAAACAUGCUCUGCUAGCUCUCUUCAUUUGUGUGCUUGAAAUAUGAAUUGUUGUAACUUUUGUGUCUGCUGGGCUGGGGUGGUUUUGUUGAUGAUAUGCCAUCACAUAAGCUUUGAAUAUUGACAGUCUUUAUAAUGCUAUAUAUGGUUUUGGUUCGGUGUGAGGUUUUAUGUUUGUGUGUUGUUAGCCUUUGUCAUUAUCGACUUGGCGUUUUUACCUUC